UAACAAAGAGUGACUCCCGCAUGUCACGCGAGACUUGCCUCAUUCUGAGAUCCAGAGCCCACUUCAGAAGCAAUGGCUGCUGUGGGACCAUUGCGGAGUCACGACCCGGACGGCUUGCUCUGCGCUCUCACGCGAUCCCUGGACGAGCGAUGACCUGGCGGGGUGCGGAUUUGGAAUUGCAUUUCCGUGGCGGACUGACGCACACUCUUCCGACCGGGACGAUGAGGUAACGGCCGCUCGCCUCUCGUCGCUCACCGUAUCCCCUCGCAUCGCGCUCUCACCAAGGCUUACGCGCCUGCCAUGGCGGCGCCAGAAUCGCCGAGCCAACGCGCGGAGCAGAUUGGAGCUGCCAGCGGCGGCGUGCCGUCCUCCGCCAUCGCAGCGCGCCACCCACCUCGGGCCGCACCGUCGCUCGCAUCCCUUCCGAUCGCCGCCGCACCCAAGCUCCUCCCUGUCUCCCUCCGGUCGCCCCUGUACGCGUCGCUGCUGCUCCUCCCCGUCCUCGCGCUCCUCCUCCUGCGUCAGCCGCUCGCCGUUGACCUCGUUGCCAUCCGCGCAGCCCACGAGCAAUCCAGAUUGGAGUCGCGGGGGGAGCAGCACGAGUCGCCAGCAUCGCACGAGUCGCAAGCGUCGCACGAGCAGCUACAGGGACGAGUUGACGAGCUGCUGGCCUCGUGGGCUGCUCAGCUCGCAGACUCGCCCACCGUCGCAGGCGACGCAGACGGGCAUCGCCAGAGCGCGUCACCUCCACCCAACGUGGCAGCCCCGCCAGCGGUCCACGUGCGCGCGCCGCACUUAGCGGACUGCGCGGCGAAUGCGCGCGUGUACGCAGAGGAGCACUGGGCGAGCCGCCCCGCGGAUGGGUCCGACCCGCCCUGGGCGGCGAUCAGGCACCUCGCGGGAGAGGGGGAGGGGGAGGGGGAGGGCGGCGAGAACGAGAGAGAGAAAGGCGGGAGCAGCAGAAGGGGCGUGGAGGGAGAGGGUGCGGCGGAGGGGAGGCGAGAUGAGGGGCGAGAGGCGGGAUUCGAGGCGGUGGAGGAGGGGCCAUGGGUGCCGUGGGUGGAGGGUGGCGAGUGGGACAACUACCCGCUGACUGGGCGCGUGCAGCGCGACCUCUGGCGCCACCAGUUCCCCCGCGACUGCUCCCACCCCGCCGUCAGGUUCCUGCUGGCCCCCUUGGAGCGCAGCACACGCCACGGCAUCGGCACGCAAAUCACGCUCCUCGCGGGCGCGCUCGCCCUUGCAGUGCGCACCAAUAGAGUGCUUGUUAUAGCGCGGGCGGAGGAGCCGAAGGGGGGGAAGGGGAGGAAGAGGGGGAGCGGGGGCGCGGGGCUGGUGGGGGGGUUUGACCGCGCGGAGCAUGAGGGGUGUGAGCAGGAGGGCAUGCGGGGCGAGUGGCGCUGCUACUUCCUUGGCGAGACGUCGGACGAAUGCAGGCGCCGCGCACAUGCCCUCGCCAUGGACCCGGCGUCCUUCUCGGGCAGCGAUCCUCUCAUGGCCGUCACUCGACGCGCGGAGGGGGAGAGGGGGGAUACGCCAAGGGGGAAUGAGGAGGAGGGAGGGGAGGGAGACGACGGGGGCAGAGAGGCGGCAGGGGGCAGGGGUCGAGGGCGAAAGGGCGGGAUGCAGAAGGGCGGGACGCGGCAGCUGUUCUUCCCGGUGGUGCCGCGGCGGUGGGGGCAGCCGUGGCUUGCAAUACCGGGCGUGGUGGAGGCGGAGGGGCGCCUCAUCGCCAUCAACCGCAUGAACAACACGUACCGCUGGUGGCGCGCCCAGGCCAUGCGCUUCUUCCUGCGGGCGCCCUCGCCGCGCCUCUGCCGCCUGCUCAACGCGCAGCGCCACCUCUCCUUCGGCCGGCUGGCCGCUGCUGCCGUGGUAGAAGCCGAACUGGCUGUAGCGGAAGCAGAGAGGGUUGUAGCAGGAGCUGACAUGGCCGUAGCAGGCGCUGCCGUUUCAGAUGGUGGAAGUUCAACGCAGGGGAGGGGGAGCGUGGGGGAGGAGAGUGAGAUGGAGGAAGGGGAUAAAGAGGAAACGACUGAUGGGGAAGAGGACAAGAUGAGGGGAGGUGAGAGUGUGAGAGUGGGUGAAGGGGAGGGAGAGGAAGUGCAUGAGAGUGAGAAAGGUGGAGGAGGUGGUGGUGGCGUGCAGGAGACGGGGGACGGCAGUGAUGGUGGGCGAAACAAGAGCAGGCUGCAGCAGGAGGUGGGAGGUGCUUCUGCCUCUGCUGCACUAGGCCCCAUGGAGCACCUCCUGUGGUCACGCCUGCCGCACCCGUUGGUGCCUCGCCCCCUGGUGAGCGUGCACGUGCGCAUGGGCGACAAGGGCCGUGAGAUGCGCGUGGCAGGAGUGGCGGAGUACGUGCGCCUGCUGCAGCGCGUGCGCACCCACCACCCGCACGCCACAUUCGUGUGGCUCGCCACCGAGAUGCAGCCGGUGGUGGACCAGCUGACGAGCAUCCACGGGUGGACGUGGUUCGUGACAGCCGUCCCGCGCAUCGCUGGCAACGAGGGCAUGCCAGCGUAUGAGCGGGCCUUGGGCGUGCAGCGCAGCACGGACAACGCGUUUGUGAACCUGCUGCUGGCGCUGGAGGGCGACUACUUCAUCGGUGCGCUGGGGUCCUCGUGGUCCUUCCUCAUCGACGCCCUGCGUUGCACAGGAGGGAAGAUGAGGCAGGGGUUCCUCAGCGUGAACGUCUCUCCGCGGUGGUAAUCACCUGUUCUGUUGGCUCUCCUCGCGCCGUGGAAGACACUAGAUGAGGCAGCGUUUUGACGAACAAGUGUCAUGACAUGACACUAACAUUUAGGAGGCGGAAGCAGUGGGUUACUCUCAAGCAAGCACAGCCGCUAACCACUGUGCUUAAAGGGAUUGUUUCUCUUAGCGGAUCAGCGCGCCCAUUGUUCAAAUUAUAUAAGUUAUAAUUUAAUAUAGGCUUGGUAGGUUGUUACUGAACCUUUCUGCAUAGAGGCUUGUGGCCAGGGCUGACGUUUCGGAAGAAGGCACUCUGAUUUACCCCCCCAAAAAAAUUCCAAGUCUGAAGUAUCAAAGUUAAAGAAUGACUAGAACCAUGGCAUACAAGAGAAUAUAACUUGGUGGGUUGU